GCUCCAACAACAUGUACUGAUACAGUUUAACAUCUUGUUCAAUAAAUGUUUUUCCAAGGUGAGUUUUCUGUAACAUUUGCUUUGUUUUCAUAGUUGCAUACACUAGAACUAAAAAGGCAAAUGCUGAAAAUGAACCCGUUUUAAAUUCAGGAAGUACUAUAGUUUGCUGCAAAUGUAGCCCACACAGGAAGCUUGACACAGUUGCCAUUGAAACACACCCCCAUGUGUGAAAUGUAACUCCUAUUGAACAGAGGCAUGACUUGACAUAACACAGCAGCUCAUGCUGUGACACGAGGAGUUGCCAGAUUUCGGUGGAGAAAGGAUUUCAAGUCAUGUCUUCGCAAAAUGCAAAGAAAAAGCGACUUGGGUCACGACGAGUGGCACAAAGCCAAAAUGAAGUACCUAAGGCUGAUGAGUACCAAUUAACAGAAGCUUCCUCUGUGGCACAAGGCUACGCAGCAGACGAAAGUACUGAAUCUUUAAAUGUUUUAUCCAGCCGAGAGGAUUCUAAACCAGAAACUCGACAUCCACCUUCAGCAGAGGUCAAGUUUAACCGGAGAAAAAUUGGGUCUAAUCGGCGCAGUAAAGGAAAGCAGUUGGUAAAUGAUUUAGAAACUGAACCUUACCGCAACCCUGGAAAGGAACUUGAGGAAAAAAGCAGGGGUAAUGAAACCUUUGAAACAAUACAAACGCCACGGGCAGUGGAACUUAAGCAGCAGGAAGAAUUCGGUCAAGGAAGUGAUCAUGUGUCUGCACUAGCUAAGGACUGUUCAGAAAGUACACAUGAUAAAAAUUCUGAGGGUGAAAUGGAAAUGUUAACUCCUGAAAUCAAUAAUCUGCAAGAGUGCAACCCUUGUAGAAAUGAAAUCAAGCUUGAAGAGAUUGACAAAUCUGACAUGCAAAGUGAAGAAAUCAAAGAAAACAUGCAUCCUGUGGCUCAACAGUCAUCCAGUGACGUGCCAGAUGAGGAGCCUUCAACUGCGUAUUCUGUAGCAGAAAUACAAAGUACAGAAAGCGAUGACAAGAAGAUGCUCAGGCAGGAUGGAAGGUUACAGGGUAACAACUUGGUAAAUGAGUCACAUGUAGAAUUUGAAGCUUUAGAGGCAGUCACACCAAACAUAACCACAGAUAAAAACAGCCCGGAACAAAAUAUUGAAGUCGUGUGCAGUGCUGAGCAGGAAACAUUUUCAUCAUCAAAAGAGAAGUUGACUGCAAAUGAGGAUCCUUGUAGCUUAUCUGAAGUUAGAGAAGCAUGGCAAUCAGAAAGUGCUAUGAAUAAAAUACAUGAAGUGAACAUUAAGCCCAUAGAAAUACAGGACAUGUACCAAAAUCAGUACUCCUUUAAAAUUCAGGGUAUUGAUAUCACGGAAAAUGCUGUUACUUACUCUGAAAAACCAGAAGACCAAACUGAGAUGGAUACUCACUCAUCUGACAUGAAAGUAAAAAACAAUAUAUUUCACACAGAGCAGGAACAUCUUAAUGAAAAACAAUAUGCAUAUCCUACAAAUAACAGACAUCCGGAGAGCUUACAGGACGAAAAUGAGGAUAUUCAGAUGUAUGAUUCCAAGCAACAAGUGAUCACUGACAUAGCAGUUAGUCAGUUGGUAGCCACUGAAAUCAGCAAUGCUAUCAAGUCUGUUGAUGAUUCUGUGUCAAAUAAUUACAAACAAAGUGAGCAUCAAAGAAAAGAAGGACAUUUAGAAACUCUAAAUGAGGAGAAUGAGGACAGUGAUGUUGAUAUGAGAAAUGGUUCAGUACAAACUAUACCAUCUGAAGUAAAUACUCUUUUGGAAUCCCAACUUGAAAGCAAUAAUGUGACUUCAAGUGAGCAAACCCAUACUGUCUAUGACUCCAUUGGGAAAAGAAGAAAAAUGGGAUCCACUCGAAGGAGUAAAGGAAGACAGUUGACAAUUGGUGAUGAAACCCCUGAAACAACAGAAAUGUCAGCAACAGAGGCUACAAGACCUGAAGAAUUACUGCAAAGAAACGAGCAUGUUUCUGUGUCUGUGCCACAUGACAGCUCCAUUUUUACAGUGUCUACACCUGCUUAUUUUCCUGAGGUCCAGAAACCAACAGCAACAAGCCAUCUUGAGAUUAGCUUGAACAGUUUAAUUCCUCAAAGUGAAAACCUUCACGAAAAUCAAGAUGAGCAAGAUUUUAAAGUGGUUUCAGAUAAACCAUUGGAAUCUGGGAUGGAAGAAGUGGAUGAAUCUGAAACUGCUCUGCGUGAAGAGGUCAAAGAUGCCAAUCACUCAGAUGAAACUGUCAGGAAAAUGCAUGAAGAUGAGGUUGAAAGAACAGAAAUUCAAGAAGUGCUGCAGAAUGAUUUCUCAUCUGAAAAUGUGAUUGAUGAUGCCACAGAAAACUCUUCCUUUACUUCUGGAGACUUAGGCCAAACUGAAAAUAGCAACACUUACCAGUUUCAAGUGAUGGUGCAGAGUCCUGAUGAAUCUGUAACCAAAGUGGAAGUUUCAACUCCUGAUGACAAACAACCUGAACAGCACUUUGUGACUCAAGAAAACGAGGAAGGUGACAUUUCAGACGGAAAAGGUGGUGGAGUCUCUCCACAAUCUCCAACCUCAUUAACAACUCCACCUUUUGAGUCCCAACUUCAGGACAAUACUGUGAGCACAGAUAAGCAAUCGCAUGCGGUCACCGAAUCCAGGGGAAAUAGAAGAAAAAUGGGAUCCACUCGUAGAAAUAAAGGAAGACAGCGUGAUAAGGAAUUUAAAGAUGAAGAUGCAAUUGGUGAUGAAACCCCUGAAACAACAGAAAUGUCAGCAACAGAGGCUACAAGACCUGAAGAAUUACUGCAUUUAAUUUCUGAAAGUGAAAACCUUAAGGAAGAUAAAAAUCAGACAACCUUUAAUGUGAUUUCAGAUAAACCAUUGGAAUCUGUGAUGGAAGAAGUGGUUAAAUCUGAAACUGCUCUCACUGAAGAAGUCAAAGAUCCUCAUCACCCUGAUGGCAACCAAGCUAAACAGCACUUUGUGACUCAGGAAAUCAAGGGAGGUGAUGUUCCAGAUACUAAAGACAGUGGAGUCCCUCUACAAGCUGAACUCUCAUUAGCAACUCCACCUUUUGAGUCCCAACUUCAAGAGAAUACUGUGAGCACAGAUAAGCAAUCCCAUGCGGUCACCGAAUCCAGGGGGAAUAGAAGAAAAAUGGGAUCCACUCGUAGAAAUAAAGGAAGACAGCGUGAUAAGGAAUUUAAAGAUGAAGAUGCAAUUGGUGAUGAAACCCCUGAAACAACAGAAAUGUCAGAAACAGAGGCUACAAGACCUGAAGAAUUACUGCAAAGAAACGAUCAUGACGUUUCUCUGUCUGUGCCACAUGACAGCUCCAUUUUUACAGUGUCUACACCUGCUUAUUUUCCUGAGGUCCAGAACCCAACAGCAACAAGCCAUCCUGAGAUUAGCUUGAACAGUUUAAUUCCUCAAAGUGAAAACCUUCACGAAAAUCAAGAUGAGCAAGAUUUUAAAGUGGUUUCAGAUAAACCAUUGGAAUCUGGGAUGGAAGAAGUGGAUGAAUCUGAAACUGCUCUGCGUGAAGAGGUCAAAGAUGCCAUUUACUCAGAUGAAACUGUCAGGAAAAUGCAUGAAGAUGAGGUUGAAAGAACAGAAAUUCAAGAAGUGCUGCAGAAUGAUUUCUCAUCUGAAAAUGUGAUUGAUGAUGCCACAGAAAACUCUUCCUUUACUUCUGGAGACUUAGGCCAAACUGAAAAUAGCAACACUUACCAGUUUCAAGUGAUGGUGCAGAGUCCUGAUGAAUCUGUAACCAAAGUGGAAGUUUCAACUCCUGAUGACAAACAACCUGAACAGCACUUUGUGACUCAAGAAAACGAGGAAGGUGACAUUUCAGACAGCAAAAGUGGUGGAGUCUCCCCACAAUCUCCAACCUCAUUAGCAACUCCACCUUUUGAGUCCCAACUUCAGGACAAUACUGUCAGCACAGAUAAGCAAUCUCGUGCGGUCACAGAUUCCAGGGGAAACAGAAGAAAAAUGGGAUCCACUCGUAGAAAUAAAGGAAGACAGCGUGAUAAGGAAUUUAAAGAUGAAGAUGCAAUUGGUGAUGAAACCCCUGAAACAACAGAAAUGUCAGAAACAGAGGCUACAAGACCUGGAGAAUUACUGCAUUUAAUUCCUCAAAGUGAAAACCUUCACGAAAAUCAAGAUGAGCAAGAUUUUAAAGUGGUUUCAGAUAAACCAUUGGAAUCUGGGAUGGAAGAAGUGGAUGAAUCUGAAACUGCUCUGCGUGAAGAGAUCAAAGAUGCCAAUCACUCAGAUGAAACUGUCAGGAAAAUGCAUGAAGAUGAGGUUGAAAGAACAGAAAUUCAAGAAGUGCUGCAGAAUGAUUUCUCAUCUGAAAAUGUGAUUGAUGAUGCCACAGAAAACUCUUCCUUUACUUCUGGAGACUUAGGCCAAACUGAAAAUAGCAACACUUACCAGUUUCAAGUGAUGGUGCAGAGUCCUGAUGAAUCUGUAACCAAAGUGGAAGUUUCAACUCCUGAUGACAAACAACCUGAGCAGCACUUUGUGACUCAAGAAAACGAGGAAGGUGACAUUUCAGACAGCAAAAGUGGUGGAGUCUCCCCACAAUCUCCAACCUCAUUAGCAACUUCACCUUUUGAGUCCCAACUUCAGGACAAUACUGUGAGCACAGAUAAGCAAUCCCAUGCGGUCACCGAAUCCAGGGGGAAUAGAAGAAAAAUGGGAUCCACUCGUAGAAAUAAAGGAAGACAGCGUGAUAAGGAAUUUAAAGAUGAAGAUGCAAUUGGUGAUGAAACCCCUGAAACAACAGAAAUGUCAGAAACAGAGGCUACAAGACCUGAAGAAUUACUGCAAAGAAACGAUCAUAACGUUUCUCUGUCUGUGCCACAUGACAGCUCCAUUUUUACAGUGUCUACACCUGCUUAUUUUCCUGAGGUCCAGAACCCAACAGCAACAAGCCAUCCUGAGAUUAGCUUGAACAGUUUAAUUCCUCAAAGUGAAAACCUUCACGAAAAUCAAGAUGAGCAAGAUUUUAAAGUGGUUUCAGAUAAACCAUUGGAAUCUGGGAUGGAAGAAGUGGAUGAAUUUGAAACUGCUCUGCGUGAAGAGGUCAAAGAUGCCAAUCACUCAGAUGAAACUGUCAGGAAAAUGCAUGAAGAUGAGGUUGAAAGAACAGAAAUUCAAGAAGUGCUGCAGAAUGAUUUCUCAUCUGAAAAUGUGAUUGAUGAUGCCACAGAAAACUCUUCCUUUACUUCUGGAGACUUAGGCCAAACUGAAAAUAGCAACACUUACCAGUUUCAAGUGAUGGUGCAGAGUCCUGAUGAAUCUGUAACCAAAGUGGAAGUUUCAACUCCUGAUGACAAACAACCUGAACAGCACUUUGUGACUCAAGAAAACGAGGAAGGUGACAUUUCAGACAGCAAAAGUGGUGGAGUCUCUCCACAAUCUCCAACCUCAUUAGCAACUCCACCUUUUGAGUCCCAACUUCAGGACAAUACUGUGAGCACAGAUAAGCAAUCUCAUGCGGUCACAGAUUCCAGGGGAAACAGAAGAAAAAUGGGAUCCACUCGUAGAAAUAAAGGAAGACAGCGUGAUAAGGAAUUUAAAGAUGAAGAUGCAAUUGGUGAUGAAACCCCUGAAACAACAGAAAUGUCAGAAACAGAGGCUACAAGGCCUGAAGAAUUACUGCAUUUAAUUCCUCAAAGUGAAAACCUUCACGAAAAUCAAGAUGAGCAAGAUUUUAAAGUGGUUUCAGAUAAACCAUUGGAAUCUGGGAUGGAAGAAGUGGAUGAAUCUGAAACUGCUCUGCGUGAAGAGGUCAAAGAUGCCAAUCACUCAGAUGAAACUGUCAGGAAAAUGCAUGAAGAUGAGGUUGAAAGAACAGAAAUUCAAGAAGUGCUGCAGAAUGAUUUCUCAUCUGAAAAUGUGAUUGAUUAUGCCACAGAAAACUCUUCCUUUACUUCUGGAGACUUAGGCCAAACUGAAAAUAGCAACACUUACCAGUUUCAAGUGAUGGUGCAGAGUCCUGAUGAAUCUGUAACCAAAGUGGAAGUUUCAACUCCUGAUGACAAACAACCUGAACAGCACUUUGUGACUCAAGAAAACGAGGAAGGUGACAUUUCAGACAGCAAAAGUGGUGGAGUCUCCCCACAAUCUCCAACCUCAUUAGCAACUCCACCUUUUGAGUCCCAACUUCAGGACAAUACUGUCAGCACAGAUAAGCAAUCUCAUGCGGUCACAGAUUCCAGGGGAAACAGAAGAAAAAUGGGAUCCACUCGUAGAAAUAAAGGAAGACAGCAUGAUAAGGAAUUUAAAGAUGAAGAUGCAAUUGGUGAUGAAACCCCUGAAACAACAGAAAUGUCAGAAACAGAGGCUACAAGACCUGAAGAAUUACUGCAUUUAAUUCCUCAAAGUGAAAACCUUCACGAAAAUCAAGAUGAGCAAGAUUUUAAAGUGGUUUCAGAUAAACCAUUGGAAUCUGGGAUGGAAGAAGUGGAUGAAUCUGAAACUGCUCUGCGUGAAGAGGUCAAAGAUGCCAUUUACUCAGAUGAAACUGUCAGGAAAAUGCAUGAAGAUGAGGUUGAAAGAACAGAAAUUCAAGAAGUGCUGCAGAAUGAUUUCUCAUCUGAAAAUGUGAUUGAUGAUGCCACAGAAAACUCUUCCUUUACUUCUGGAGACUUAGGCCAAACUGAAAAUAGCAACACUUACCAGUUUCAAGUGAUGGUGCAGAGUCCUGAUGAAUCUGUAACCAAAGUGGAAGUUUCAACUCCUGAUGACAAACAACCUGAACAGCACUUUGUGACUCAAGAAAACGAGGAAGGUGACAUUUCAGACAGCAAAGGUGGUGGAGUCUCUCCACAAUCUCCAACCUCAUUAGCAACUCCACCUUUUGAGUCCCAACUUCAGGACAAUACUGUGAGCACAGAUAAGCAAUCCCAUGCGGUCACCGAAUCCAGGGGGAAUAGAAGAAAAAUGGGAUCCACUCGUAGAAUAAAAGGAAGACAGCGUGAUAAGGAAUUUAAAGAUGAAGAUGCAAUUGGUGAUGAAACCCCUGAAACAACAGAAAUGUCAGCAACAGAGGCUACAAGACCUGAAGAAUUACUGCAAAGAAACGAGCGUGACGUUUGUCUGUCGGUGCCACAUGACACCUCCAUGUUUAAAGUUUCUACACCUGCUUAUUCUCCUGACAUACAGAGCCCAACUGCAAAGAGUUAUUCUGAGAUUAGCCUGGACAGUUUAAUUUCUGAAAGUGAAAACCUUAAGGAAGAUAAAAAUCAGACAACCUUUAAUGUGAUUUCAGAUAAACCAUUGGAAUCUGUGAUGGAAGAAGUGGUUAAAUCUGAAACUGCUCUCACUGAAGAAGUCAAAGAUCCUCAUCACCCUGAUGGCAACCAAGCUAAACAGCACUUUGUGACUCAGGAAAUCAAGGGAGGUGAUGUUCCAAAUACUAAAGACAGUGGAUUCCCUCUACAAACUCGACUCUCAUUAACAACUCCACCUUUUGAGUCCCAACUUCAGGACAAUACUGUGAGCACAGAUAAGCAAACCCAUACUGUCACCGAAUCCAGGGGAAAUAGAAGAAAAAUGGGAUCCACUCGCAGAAUAAAAGGAAGACAGCGUGAUAAGGAAUUUAAAGAAGAAGAUGCAAUUGAUGAUGAAACCCCUGAAACAACAGAAAUGUCAGCAACAGAGGCUACAAGACCUGAAGAAUUACUGCAAGAAAACAAGCAUGAUGUUUCUCUGUCUGUGCCACAUCAUGAAAAGUCCUUUAAAAAUCAAAAUGACGGAGAUACUAAAGUGAUUAAUGAUAAACCAGUGCAGGCUGGGAUGGAAGAAGUCAAAAAAGAUCAGCACAUAAAACUUUUAGGGCAGGAUGGAAAUUUACCCAGCAAUAUUUUGUUAAGUGGAACAACAGAUUGUACCAUUGCAGUUGAGAUAACAACUGACCAAACCAGCCCAAGAGAACGCACUGAAGUUGAAUGCAGUGUUGCACAAGAAACAUUUUUAGCAUCUCAAAAUGUGUUGACUACAAAUAGGGAACAACAUGAGCAUUGCAACCCAAUUGAGGUCACCAAAGCUAAGCAGUCAGAGGGUGCAUUAAUGCAUCAGACUGACUGCAGCGCAAGUACAGAGAGUCACCAAACAUCCUUAUCUGAAACAAAUAUCUCUUUGGACUUCCACCAUCAGGAUAAUUCUCAGGACAUUACAGAAAUUCACACACGCCUCAGCCAUACAGGGAAUAGAAAGAAAAUGGGUUCAAGCCGAAGAAAUAAAGGAAGACAGGGUGUCAAGGACCCUGAUGCAUACCAGGAACCUAAAGAUGACAUUUUAGAAAAACCCACAAGUAAUGACAAACUCAGAACAAUUGACAUGUCACCAGCAACAGAUAUAACAAAGGAGGAAGAAGAAAAAGACCUCAUAUCCAUUGACAAAGAAGUGCAGAUUAGCUCAACAGCAAAAGAAGGCAAAAAUAAAGAAAAGUUGUCGGAGGAAGAUGCAUUUUUCUCACAGAAUAAUAUGGAUAGCAAUACAGAUGGACUUCUCAAAUCUAACAAAGAUUUCAAUGAGGAAAAUAAAGUUGUUCAAGAUGCUAUGAAUUUAGAUCAGCUUACAGGAUGUGACACAAUUACAAAGCACCUGAUGCAAUCACCACAAGCCUCAGUUUGUGAAAUUCCCUCAGACAUGCAGCAUACCUCAUAUCAUGCUGGCAUCGAAGGCUCUAGCUCUCUGAAGGUGCUUGAUAAAGAAGAAGCGUUGGAGGCAAUGGAUGCAAGCAACGGCCAGCAAGAACAAACUCAAUCAGGUAACAGAAAUACUUUCCAAAUAAAUCCACAACAGAAGAAGAGAAAGAUAGGUUCUUCUCGCAGGAGUCAACUCAACAGAAAAAAAGAGGAAGAAACAGACAACACAGAUGAAACCAAGGAAAGUGACUUUCACACCGAAGCUGACGUGAGGAAUACUGACAAGUUGGACGUGGUAGAGUUACCGUUAACUACAGAUAUACCACAAAAUGAAACUGCACAACCGUUAUUCUCUGCUGUUCAUAAACAACAGGAAGCUGCUGAAACCUUUUCUGUACCAAGCAGUACAGAGAUCAAUGUGAUACCAGUAGUAGAAGAUUUUAAGGCCCCUCUUCCUGAACAGUUUUCCUCUCUCCGUGAAGAAACUAUCAGUCUGGUUACACGCGUUAUCACAGGUGGUGUAAGAGAAGUUAUUGUGGAGCCGCCACAGCUAGACAAUUUUACAAACACUGAGACACAAAUAACCACUGUGGUCACGGGUAGAAGCAGACGCUCCAUAAAUCAGCUGCUGCCCCCAAAUACCGAGGCUGCCACAGACACUGGCAUAGCAGAAGAGAGCUUAGUGUCUUUUGGUGAGGCCAGGCAAAAUACACAUAGCGAUGAGGAAAGGCCAGAGAGCAUAAAAGAAGUACAAGAUCAAGAUGCUAGUGAGAAAAAUCCAAGCAACUUGAAUGAAGGAGCUCAUAAUAAAACUCAAGAGAUGAGGAGUGAAAGUCCAAAUUUACAUUUGAGCAACCGGAGAAGAAAGAUGGGCUCCACCCGCAGGAAUCUUGGAUCCAGAAACAAAGAAGAGCUCCAUCAAAAACAGGAGGUGGAUAACGAAGCGAAGGAGACUGGAACAGACAUCGGGGAAACUGAAAGUGUCUCCAGAAUCAAAGAAGAAGCACUUCAGCUUCACACAGAUCACAAAAACAAUGAUGGCGAACAAGGAAAACAGAAAGUAUUUGAAACAGUGGAAAUCAGCCCUCCGGGUCAGUCUAAAUUCAAACCUCUGCCUGAGCAAACAGUUGAAGCGAGGCCUGUUUCCCAAGACCAGCUAGCAGAAACAGAACAUCACACUGCAAAUGACCUCCUGUCUACAUCCUUAAAAGAUGAUUUUGUGUCAGAAUCAGCAUCUGGAGGGAGGAGAAGAAAAUUGGGAUCUAACCGAAAGUCCCGUGGACAUCAGCGUAUAGAAGACAAAACAGGAGAGGGCACAAUAAUAGAUGAUCAAAGUGGGACAGAUGCCAGAAUUUCAGAGGUUGGAAAAUGUGAUAAGAAACCAUCAUCAGGCCUCUCAAAGAGUGAAGAGCACUCAGAGACUGUGAGUGAGAAGACUUCAGCCCAACCUUGUAAUUCUGGAAUUUUUCCUGUUAAAGAGAAUCAAACAUUUUCUCUGGUUGGUAAUCCGGGAGUGGUAGACUCCAAAUCAAAGCGCUACAAUGUGGUAAUGAUUGGAGACAGCAGUGUGGGAAAGACCUCCUUCAUGAAAAGAGCUCAAAGUGGGAAGUUUUCUUUAGAUAUACCUUCCUCAAUUGGCCUGGAUUCGCUGAUGUGGCCUGUUGUAAUAGAUGGAAAGCCUAUGAUACUACAGCUAUGGGACACAGCAGGUCAAGAAAGGUUUCACAGUAUCACCAAACAGGUCUUCCACAAAGCCCAGGCCUUUCUCUUGAUGUAUGACAUCACCUCCACCAAUAGUUUUUCCGCAGUCAGUUACUGGGCAAACUGUAUUCAGGAGUCUGCUGCUGAAAAUGUGACUGUUUUGCUUCUUGGAAACAAGAGCGACUGCUCAGAACGACGGGUUAAAACUCAUCAGGGGGAAAUUCUUGCUAAGGAAUAUGACUUUGAGUUUAUGGAGUGCAGUGCUGCCACAGGUGAAAACGUGAUCCAGUCUUUGGAAGUUGUAGCCAGGAAGCUGAGUCAAAGAAUUGACUCAAGAGAAGAAGCCACAGUGUUGCACAAAGAGCCAGAACAGAAAAAAAGCUCAAGAUGUUGCUGAACAAAUGUGUUUGUCUUCAAAAAAAAAGAAAGAAAAAAAAAACAAGUGGUGAAAUCCUGAAAACAAGAACACGCUGUACUCAUCUGGCUUUCUUGUAACUCAGUGCAUUAUAUUUUAUUAUUUGCAGUAUUCAGUGUUGUUAUAUUUAGAUAUAAAAUUAUUUCUUCAAAGGCCUUAUAUUAGAAUAUUAGUUUAUAGUUAGUAGUGACCAAAGUUAUAUAGUUCAGAAAGUGAAGGCUUUUUCAGUGUUUGCUUAAUAGCUAUCCAAUAAUUUAAUACAUAUACAAGCUUACUGUAUUUAAUUAUAUUUGCACCGUGUGUGUUUUAUCUUGCAAUAUAACAAUUUUUGUGCAAUAUUGUGCAACUUCAAAUAAUUUCAAAUCACACGAUUGACAUUUUUCCAGAUGAAGCUGUAACAACUAAAAUCACAAGUUUAAGAUUUUAUGUGCAAUUUCACAAAGUUCAUCUCUGUUGUUGUACAUCGACUAAAUGUUUAGUCUACACCCUCUUCACUUUAUGGAUUUACUAUACUGAAAUUUAAUGUAAAUGUGUAUAUAGUAUGAUUAAUUUAAACAGGAGAAUACCCCAUUCAGAUAUUACCAGAGAUCAAGAUGUGACCGAGAGCAAAUCUAGUACAGUGGUAAAUAAUUAUUAUAGUAAAUAUAUAUUAAACAUAAUUAUACUUGCUUUUUUGUGAUUUUGUUUAGCCUUUCUUCUAAGUUGGCAUUCAUCUUAAUUCAGUCAUCACAACUGUCAGAUCUGACACAUAAUUAUGAAUAAACAUUACUCCCCUAUAAUUAUAGUGCCAGGGACAUGAUCAGCAGUUAUAUAUGCAAAUGUAUUUUUAUGUUCCCGUGCAUUUCCUUUGUGACCAAGUACCUUUAAACCAAUUGUUUUAAUGGCGUGUCACAUGAUUAAUAAAUCUCCAGAUAAACAACG